AUGUGCAUCCUCCAAAUCACCAGAACUACUGUCAACUGUUUAUGGAGGUAUCCGAACCUCGAGAAUAAUCCGGACAAAUCAGGAAUCAGAAAUCUAAGUCUGCUUUCAGGCGUCCAUAGGCGUCUAUCUGUGUAUAUGACUAGCGCUAUAUAUGUAGUCCAAGUUGGCCGUGCUGAUUCGGCAGGCCAGGAACACCGAGACGGCUGCCACUGUCCGCAAACCGCUCAAAAUGUUAGAGCGAUCCUGUGCCGACCUAUCCGGACACCCCUCGCCCUUCUUCCCUCGCCCACCAUGUUGAGCGCUGCUGCACUCGUCGUCCUGGGCCUGUUGCCGUACGUCGCCUCGCAAUCGAAUGUCACGGCCCCGACGUGCCAGCCAGGGUUCGAUUGGGCCUUCAGUUCCACCGGCCAGAGUCCGUGCGAGAUAGCAGCAGAACUAGGGGGUGUUUGCGUUGGUGGCCAAUUCAGACUCCAGCCGUUGGACCCAGGAUUCGUCUACCUUGGACCUCCUCAAGACAACGCCAACUCGUGUAGAUGCAGCUCGGUCUACUACUCCCUUCUGAGCGCCUGCGCCCUCUGCCAGGACCGCAGCUUCAUCAGAUGGUCCGCGUACAACGGUAAUUGCACCACCGUUUAUCUCCAAGUGUACCAGCAAGCCAUCCCGGUUGGCGUCAAGGUGCCGAACUAUGCCUAUCUAGACGUUUCGGAGGGGGACACAUUCAAUGCUACUGCUGCCCAAGCUGACAAUGGUCCUGAAUCGACCCGUCUUCCCUCCGCUACGGGAACAUCACCCGCAGUCAACACUAACGUAGGGGCCAGUUCAGGAGGAGGGAGCUCGAACGCUGGUGCAAUCGCUGGAGGAGUGGUCGGAGGGGUGGUUGGGUUGGCGAUCAUUGCAGGUCUCAUUUUCUGGUUUCUGCGGCGCAGAAAAGCGUCCAAGGAUCAACUCCCAUCAGCACCCCCGUCCACAUUCGAUCCUGGUAUGGGCCAGGUUCAGACCGCCUAUACCGGAACUACGUUCCCUUCGACAUACCCAACAACACCUGCUCCAACAGGCUCGCCUGGAAAGAUUUAUGACCCCAAUGAUCCCUCGACGUUCCCCACUGCUGAAUACCCUGCAUCAUUUAACCCUUACACUACCCCCUCGCCGGAACUAAACCAGCAACAUCAAGCUUCCUUCAAUGGCCAGAAUGUGCAGCAGCACAACAUGCAGCAUAACUAUACCGGCAACAGCUCUCAAGCGGGACUGCAGAUGCCCGCUGCUCGUCCUCAUUAUACCGGAGCGCCUGAACUCUGA